AAAACAGAGAAACAUACCCCACACUAACAUGGUUUUGCAUGAUUGCUAGCCUUCAAUCAAUGGCAUUCACAUCUUGAAUUCCACUCUCUUUUGCACCCAGAUAUAUACUCCUCCCAACCAUGCUACUCCCUCACCUGCCCGCUGCCCGGAUUCCAUCCGCCUCCAUUGCUGCUAAAAAUGACACCAUUACUUCUCUUCUCCGUCCUCCUCUUAACCUCCCUCCCUCUUUCCUUCUCCUCCACACCAACCCCGAAUUUCCACAAAAUUCCUGACAACGAAACCGUAUACAGAACCUCAAAGCAACUCUGUGUCGGGUGCACGUGGGAGUCGUUUCAAUUCUUGUUUGCCCAGAAUAUGGUUCGGGCAGCCAAGUGGGAAAUCCCAUUAGGUUGGGAUUUCCAGCUCCAAAGGUACGCCCAAUGGUGGGCGGGCCAGAGGAAAAGGGAUUGUGAGUUGAUGCACUCGUUUCCCGAGGAUGAUUUUAAGUUGGGAGAGAACAUAUACUGGGGUAGUGGAUCAUCGUGGUCUCCUGUGGAUGCUGUGAAUACGUGGGCAGACGAAGAAAAGUACUACAGCUAUGCCUCUAAUACGUGUGUGCGUGGCCAACAGUGUGGGCAUUACACGCAAAUCGUGUGGAAAACAACGCGACGAGUCGGGUGCGCCCGAGUGGUUUGCGAUACUGGUGAUGUCUUUAUGACUUGCAACUAUGACCCUGUUGGAAAUGUUAUUGGAGAAAGGCCAUACUGAUCAACUAUCAUGACAUAAUUCCCUUUCAGCUCGAUGACUUUAGAUGUUAACAGAUUUGUGUCACGUUUUAUGUGUUAUAUAUUAUACCAUGUAUAAACUAUUACAUAAUUACGUAGAUUUAAGCAUAUAUAUUGUAUCAUUAGAAUUAUAUAUCUUUCUCUAUAUAUAUAAAAUGAUUUCCUUGUAA